AUGAGCGACCCGUUUGCAAUGCUAGACCCCAUGCAGAAGCCUGGAUCGUCCUCGCAAAGCGGUGCCUCAUCAUCAAACUUCUCCACGGCUCCUAGACCGGCGUAUCCACCGAUGGCCAACCCUUUCGACAAUUUCGCGAGUGUGAACCCGAUGGCCGGUGGAAACAGCAUGAUGAUGCCUCAGCAGCAGCAGCAACCGAUGCAGCCGAUGUACCCGAAUGGCGCCAACUUCAUGACCCAGCAAGGUCCUUCGGCCUUUGGAGGCUUGGGUGGUGGAGGCCAGCAGUUCGCAACGUACAACCCGUACCAGCAGCAGCAAAUGCCCGCCCCCGCCCCGGUCAUGAUGAUGCAGCCCCAGUAUCAGCAGAAUGUCAGCAAUGCCCCCACCAAGCUCAUGCCGAUGCCGACCUACGGCGGCGAGCCGAUCAUGUACGACAACAUCAAGAACGUCAUGAAGCCUGCGGAUCCGUUCGCCACGUCGCCCAACUUCGCUGGUAUCCGCGCUCCCGAGCCAACGCUAGCACCUGCGCCAUCGCACCAAACCCGUGAUCUGAAGUCUACUAUCGUCGACUUCGACCCUUUCAGCCCGAAGGGGUCCACGCCGCGGACACCGUUCGACUUCCCCGAAGACGCGAACACGUCGACGACCCAGUCGUCCGGUGGAAACGACCGAAUGUCAUCCUUUGGAGGCAGACGCCCGACCCAAGAAGAGCAGCGUUCGCAACUGGGCUUCUCUACCGAGGGCUUCGCUGCAGCUUCCGCCAAGCCGCUUCAAUCCAGGAUCUCGUUGAGAGACGUGACGGCCAACGCGAGUACUGCCAGCGAAGACAAUACCCCGUACUUCCUCGAAGGUAACGACGCCUUUAUGAGCUCGAAUUUUGCUAACCUAGAUGACUUCGAGACGACCUCGAGUAGAAGGGGUAGUGGCAAUGAGCGUCGGUCGUCGAAUCCCCCCUCAGAGGCGACGCAGCAUGGGGAAAUCCCCGAGGAGUGCGAAAAGGACGAAUACGACGUUCGCUUCGAGAGCGGUCGCAAGCUUGGGGUCCUCAUGGAGCGUGUCGACGUCUGGAACGAGGCUAACCAACGCAAAGAGACGGCGGUGGUGAAGCUCGUGGUGGAAAAUGGCGCCGCUGACCGCGUCGGGGUAAGCAUUGGCAGCACCGUGGUGGCUAUCAACCGGAAGAGCGUCGAGAACGAGUCGUAUAUCGCCAUACUGGACAUGAUCAAGGCUGCACCACGACCACUGCGUAUGCGUUUCAAGCGUGGGCCUCAAACGAAGGACACGACUCAAGGCACAAUCCUCACGAGGAUUUCCAAUGGCACAUUUAGCGUUGGCAAUCUGACGUCGGGCAACGCGACCUGGACAACCAAGUACUUUGCUUUUGGAGGCUCCAAAAUGGACGUACUACAGCUCUUCGUGUCUCGAGCGGCCUACCAUGAGUGCGUGAUCGCUCUAUACGAGAAACGUGGCGUUCAUACCCAGAUCCAGUCGUUCCGCCUGUGCCGAGACCACAAAAUCUCGCCGAUCAAGUGCAAGAUCUACAAAGGCUACGGCAAUCUGCACUACUUCUCGCUGACGGUGCCAUCGCUGCGCUUCGUGGCUGCCAAGUUCGCGAGCGAUGACUACGAGACGAUCAAGAACAUUUGGUCCAACACCUACGACGCGAUAGAGCGCAAGAAGCGUAUGGCAUACUAA